AUGCCGAACAUUCGACCCGUUUACCUUGUUCCAUCAACAAAUCAGGUUGUGAUCGGCCCACCUCUGCCCGCUCCUUACCCAACUCUAUAUUUUCAUCCUCCAAAUGCCAAAGGGAGACCGGGAAGCUUUGGACAAUUGAAAAAGACUAAAUCCAAAGAAGCCGAGGAUAUUUUGGGAAUCAAAAAGCAACGCGAUAGUGCCGAGCUUCUUGCUGAAUACGGAUUGCCCAAUGAAGUCAAUCGCAAUCCCAUGUACACCUACAGACGGCCCGCCUUUGGAUCACAGCAAAGGAUGAAUGGUUCAACCUCGUCCUCAGCCACUUCAUCAAGACCUCCAUUGCCAAAAUUGCCUCUCUGGGAUGCGCAUCAGUUUCGAGCACUUAACAAAGCGACUCCAGAGUUCUAUCGACGACAGACAACACAAAUCGACGACAUACCGAUAAAUCACUCGAAUCAUCAACCACAAAUCCAACAACAGCAGAGACAUCCUGUUGACGGGACUUUACCCAGACAAACCUCAAGGCAUAUUGUACAGGGAAGUCCGUCUGGUCUGUUGCUUCCACGACUCCGUCCACCGCCCAAUCAACUACCUCGGUCGAUUCCCCCGCGAAGCCCUCCACCCUAUCGACCACCACCAAGAAACAGUCCAAGACUGCAGCAGGCACGUCAACCAAGACUCGAGUCCACCGCACCCAAGCACUCAACACCGCAUCGAGAAAAGUCGCCGUCGAAACAGGCGACGAAUGCAAUAGAGUCAACUCCAGUCUAUGCCCAACCGAGACCCCGAAUGGAUGCCGCCACGUUGCCCCGAAAUUUUCAUGUUAUACAAAAGGUUCACGACAUGCCAGUGGAUGAGGGUUUCUCGUCGAAUUCGAUGAACUCCUCGCAGUCCUCGAAUGAUUACAUGCCGAGUAAAGCUGAGCCACAAGUCAACACAAUGACACGCAGCGGAAUGUUACAACAGAAGAGCUUUGAUGAAACGGCAGUUAGAGUUCAUCCUGAUUACAAUGCGGCGAGUAUGGGGCGAAGAAAUAAAGUACCCGUUGGAGCAAUGUUUGACGAUAGACGUUUCUCAACGAUGGAAGCCACUCAAAGACUCUACAAGAAGCACAAUGUCUCCACCAAUCAAUUACAUGAUGGAUACAGCACGAUGCCUCCAGAUGUGGCUAGGCCUCGAGCUCCGUCAGCUCAAUCGGGGAUGAGCCCCGCGUUGCAUGGGGUGAAUACUCUGCCAGCUAUUGGAAUUGGUCUAGUCGAACCGCCGAAAAAACAGCGAACCGAUCAGAUCUUCGAUGCUCUUGUCAAUGGAUUCAGAUCCUACAUCGCUUUCUACAGCGGUGAGCGAGACCGAUUGAGAGCCGAACUCGAGGCGACCAACGAUGCUGGGACGGCGACAAGAAUUGAACAUGAAUUGGUGUUGGUUGAAGAGAACGUUCAACUCUUCGAGAGUCAUCUCCAUCGAGUCUCCCGACUGCAGGACCGCUAUCGACAGGGGCACUUUGCUUCACUCAAAGCCAAAUCCUCCUCUUUAUCGGAUCUUCGAGCGGCUCUUUCCGGUAAAUCAACCUCUUCAUCGUCAGCGAUCGCCGCUCCAUCAGCUGCGAUUCAUAACGAAUUGGCUGCAAUGAUGGGCAGAUUGUCAAUUGAGAUGAAAACUAUUGCCGGUUUUGCUCGUGUAGCUCCAGGAGACGUUUUCGAGGUUCAGAUUCGACAUGGGAACACCAAAUGGAAGGCUCGCGGAAAAACCCAAGCCGAUCGAACGCAGCGCUGGGAUCGAGAAGCGACCACUUUCGAGUGUCAUCCAUCAAGCACUGUUGAUGUGAAGGUCUGUGAAGUGCGUCUAUUCAAGACGAAACCCUUGGCAGAGCGCUCAUUCGAUCCGUGUGAGCUGUUUGCCGCUUCUCCCCAAAUGGUCACCAUCUCGCUGAACACUCUUGGAACGAUGAAAUUGCAAAUGAUUGUUACAUGGAUACCACUGCUUGCCUCGAAAAGCGGUCUUGCUUCAACAAUCACAAGAACUCCCACAUCGAUGCUAUCUGAACAAGCUGAAGAGGCAAAGAAACCACGAGUCGUUUUAAGGGAGAAGAAACGCGGCGGCGCGGCAAGAGCGGCGACGAAAGAGCAAUGGAGAUCAUCGACGAAUCUCCUCGAUUCGAUCUAUCACGAUCUAUCGAAGAACAUCCCUACCGCUGAGUCGAUGUCAACUCCAUCUCAUCGUUUAUCAAUGCUAGCCGUUUCUUCAUCAUCUCCCGAUGUUUCUAGUGGCACUCCACUCAUUCCUCCAUCCACCUCGAAUCCAAAUCAAACGGCUCUACUCAGUGCUCCACAAGAUAGCCCCGAAUCAAUGCGGGGAAGGGCAUGCACUGGCGGCUCACAAGGAGUGUCUUCCUGUUCCUCAGCCACCUCAUCAUCCGAUGUCGUCUCUCUUUCAUCCGUUUUUUCGGCUCUAUUGGAUCUUCUAGAUGAAUGUCUUCCACUUGCUUCAUCUUUAUCUAAAGAAAGACACCGAGAAUUGCACACGACUCAUCAAAUCCUUGUGCACUGGUCGAGAAUACUGAGGCAUCCAAAUGCCAGCGGUGGUGCUUCGUUCCUCAGACGAUCGGCAUUUGUCCGGGGAGAUGAGAUCGACGACAAUGUUUUGCUAGCGGAUCAUGGAUCUGAGAAUGAUUCGGGAAUCGAUUCGUUGAGACAACAGAUAUCCCCAUAUGCGAGAAGAGUGCCAGGGGAGAGUGUUGGGCAUUCAACGGCAAGUCGAUUCAGUCAGAUGAGAGAGCGAAGAAAAUCCCUGGGAGCGAUGCUCGAUCCGUCAGAGCUCGAAAGAAUGUGUCUUGAGUCGGAUCGUUUUUGGCAAGAUGAGCACUCAACAGCAAAGCAUGAAACGGCAACCGGUCACCACGAGGUGGAUGCCUGUCUGGCUCACCAUUUGACGAGAAUACGAAACUCUCUCAAGCUUCUAACUGGUAUCUCUGGUCCUCUCCUUUACCGUAGCACCGAGCACUUGCGACGAAUCGAAGCCGACACAGUGGCGCUGGACGAUCUCCUCAGAUUGACACCUUCACUACCUGUACUGCCGAAUAUCACGAAUGUUCUUUGCGAGCUGGGAGCUGAGGGAAUUGUGCAAGAAGCCUGGCUUUCUGCCUGUUAUCCACUACAUGCUUCCCUUGUGGUCCCAUUUGAGGAGCUUCGAACACAGUUACGCGCUAAUGUCUCUCCGAUUGUCGAGCCAACAUAUCCCCAUUUGGUGACCCGAGUGACCGAGUCUCUUUGUCGUCUCCUCUUAGACGGUUCUCCUAUUCCAUCACCUCCAUCAUCACCCAUUCAAAUGACUGUCUUCCAUUUUGUUUCCCUUUUCCGUGGAAGGCAUUUCGCCGCUUUUGUUGAGAGUCUCGCGCAUGAUGCUUGGAUGAUCUCCUUGCUGAGCACGCGACAGCCAAGAAACGUGAAUAUCGUUUUUGAGAGGUUGACACAGGUUCCGAUGGCUCCACCGAUAGACACAUUGAGACACGUGGCACUUCUUUUACAAAACGGAGAUCCUCACUUGAACACAACUAUCGAGCGUUACCUGAGUGGCUCAGUUGGUCGUCUCCAUUCCGAUCUUCUUUCAUCAUUUUUGUGUCUUUUGGAAGCAGAUGAUGUUUUCAUUCGGAUUGGUGCCAUUCGAGCACUUGGAGUGCUUAAAAGCGCUCGAAUAGCGGCCCAAGUGUGGUGGGUGGCGGAAAGGGAUCGAAGUCAAGAUGUUCGUCACGAGGCGAUGUGUCUUUUGGAGGAUCUCGGAGAGGUCGAGGGAGACAAAGAUGGCGAUGAACAAGUGACAAGGAUU